GGCGGCUCGGCGCCAGCGCGACCGAGCGGUGGCCGUGCUCUCCGAGUCCGAAUAACCAGUUCAGGAUGUCCAUCCUAGAACGUCUGGAGCAGAUGGAAAGGAGGAUGGCGGAGAUGACGGGGUCCCAGCAGCACAAACAGGGGAGCGGAGGAGGCAGCAGCGGAGGGGGCAACGGAAGCGGGAAUGGAGGCAGCCAAGCUCAGUGUGCCUCUGGUCCCGGGACGCUGGGCAGCUGCUUCGAGAGCCGCGUGGUCGUCGUGUGUGAGAAGAUGAUGAGCCGCGCCUGCUGGGCCAAGUCCAAGCACUUGAUCCACUCAAAGACUUUCCGGGGGAUGACCCUCUUGCACCUGGCUGCCGCCCAGGGCUACGCCACCCUCAUCCAGACCCUCAUCAAAUGGCGCACAAAGCACGCAGACAGCAUCGAUUUGGAACUGGAAGUUGACCCUUUGAAUGUGGACCACUUCUCCUGUACUCCUCUGAUGUGGGCGUGUGCCCUCGGGCACUUAGAGGCGGCCGUCGUGCUGUACAAGUGGGACCGUCGGGCCAUCUCUAUUCCGGACUCUCUCGGAAGGCUGCCUUUGGGGAUCGCCAGGUCGAGGGGUCACGUGAAAUUAGCAGAGUGUCUGGAGCACCUGCAGAGAGAUGAGCAGGCUCACCUGGGACAGAACCCCAGAAGCCACUGUCCUCCGAGCGAAGAGCCCAAUACAGACAGCUGGAUGGCGCAGUGGCACGGUGAAGCCAUCCACUCACCGGAAGUAUCCAAAGGAGUCACCGUUAUUGCAAGUACCAAUCCAGAGCUGAGAAGACCUCGUUCUGAACCCUCUAAUUACUACAGCAGUGAGAGCCACAAAGAUUAUCCAGCUCCCAAAAAGCAUAAAUUGAACCCUGAGUCCUUCCAGGCAAGGCAGCAGAAACUGCUCUCCACUGCACUGAGUCUGGAACAGCCAAAUAUCAGGAAGCAGAGCCCUAGUUCUAAGCAGUGUGUCCCUGAGACAAUCAGCCCCAGUGAAGGAGUGAGGGACCACGUCCGGGAAACCUCCCCUCCCGUUCCAGAGACUGCAGGACUCCAAGCCUCUGGAUCUCAGCCCGUAGUAAAGUGGAGUCCCAAAGAUCUUUACAUUGGUGUGUCUACAGCACAGGUGACUGGAAAUCCGAAGGGGACCAGUGUAGGAAAGGAUGCCGCACCUUCACAGGUGCGUCCACGGGAACCAGUGAGUGUCCUGAUGAUGGCUAACAGAGAGGUGGUGAAUACAGAGAUGGGGCCUUACCGUGAUAGUGCAGAGAGCGAGGAGUGCGCACAGCCCAUGGACGACAUCCAGGUGAACAUGAUGACCUUGGCAGAGCACAUCAUCGAAGCCACGCCCGAUCGAAUCAAGCAGGAGACCUUUGUGCCCACGGAGCCCUCAGCUUUGGAAAGAACAGACACUGCCACCAUUAGCAGUACCAUGAGCUGGCUGGCCAGUUACCUAGCCGAUGUCGAUCGUCUGCCAAGUGCCGCCCAGAUCAGAAGUGCAUAUAACGAGCCUCUAACCCCUUCUUCUAAUACCAGCUUGAGCCCUGUCGGCUCCCCAGUCAGUGAAAUAGCUUUCGAGAAACCCAGCCUUCCCUCAGCAGCAGAUUGGUCUGAAUUCCUGAGCGCGUCUACCAGUGAGAAGGUAGAGAAUGAGUUUGCUCAGCUGACUCUUUCUGAUCAUGAGCAGAGAGAACUCUAUGAAGCUGCCAGGCUUGUCCAGACCGCUUUCCGGAAAUACAAGGGCCGACCCUUGCGAGAACAGCAGGAAGUCGCUGCUGCCGUCAUCCAGCGCUGUUACAGAAAAUACAAACAGCUGACAUGGAUAGCCUUGAAGUACGCACUUUAUAAAAAGAUGACACAGGCUGCCAUCCUCAUCCAGAGUAAAUUCCGAAGUUACUACGAACAAAAAAAAUUUCAGCAGAGCCGGCGUGCCGCUGUGCUGAUCCAGAAGUAUUAUCGGAGUUAUAAGAAGUGUGGCAAAAGACGGCAGGCUCGCCGAACAGCUGUAAUUGUACAACAGAAGCUCAGGAGCAGUUUGCUAACCAAAAAGCAGGACCAAGCUGCUCGAAAAAUAAUGAGGUUUCUACGCCGCUGCCGCCACAGAGUGAAAGAGUUGAGAAAGGCCAAGGAACUUGAAGACAUACAGCAGCGACCCUUAGCAAUGUGACAUUGCUUUUCAGACUGUUUUCAUUUCUGUUUUUAGCAGAGACAUGCAACAACUUCGACACACACGCACGCACACACGCACACACACGCACACAAUCCCUCUGCAGUUUUGGGGAGAUCAGCUGCAGGAUUUUAACAGGAAUGUGUUGGUCAUUGCAUUUGCACUUUCAUGGACAACUUUUAAUUUGAUCAGCAAGACAUCUUGGAACUCAAUCUUCUGUUGGAUCACGGGAAAAACAAAACACCACGAGGAAUCGAAAGAGGCUUCCUCUCCUCGGGAAGAAGCCGGCUUCCUUCUCAUCUAGGGCUGUAUUCAAACAUCGUGUGGAACUGUACAAAUAUUUAUACCAAAAAUAUAGAUAAGCAAAGGUGGGGAUGCGCUCGCAACACAGGAGAACGCUGCUCCUGCACCUGUCUGUUACUUCCAAGAAGCUGAAUCUUUGGGAUUGACUCUCAGUGGAGGGCUUAGACCAUACCAAUCUUCAUUGGGUCCGUGUGUUCUCAUUUCCUUCACUGGUCUUCUUUUCUUUUAAUUCGUGUUUGUUUUAAUCUCUACAGCACACUUAAUGCAACUUUUAAAAUCUGCAGGUUUUUAAUGUCUUGUGGAAAUUUGCAGAGGGUUGGGUGUGUGGUAAACGGGGAAUGCAUGGGAAUUAAUGAGAAACAGCUCACAGAGUUUAACUUUAUUUUCUUGUCCCCACCACCUCCCAGGAACCUGCGAGUAUAGUGACCAUCUCGUCCCUUCUGUCAUGCUCAGCACUUUCAUUUGUGGGCCUUACUUUCAUGUGCAAUGAGAUUUACUUAGAGAAUUGGUACAGCAUGUAGCUUUUCUUAGUAACCUUGGAAACUGUAGUCAUUCUAAGGAAUCAUAAACCUUGCCUGGACAUUUGCCACCUAAAAGAUCAGUGUGGUGCUGCGUUCUGGCCAGUAAAUUCCAUAUUUUUGGCUAAUAAUCUCAUCCAAACUGAGCAGUUUCUGUGUAUAUAUAGAAGGUAGAAACGGAAAGUGAGAAAUAUUUGAAAGGGAUUAUAUUAAUUGCUAAAUAUUUUAUUCACAAAGGUCGAUAACAUGGCGAGAUAAAAUUAUUUGUAUAGUUUUGUCUGAAUGAGCGAGAAAAAUGUGGAUGUAUUGUUUGUAUAUAUUGUAUAUAUUAAAACAAAGAGAUAUGUGCAUGAAAUCAAGAAAAAAGAAAUGAACAAAAGCAAAGCAUUAGUGGCUAUGGUCUGUAAAAUGAAACAAAAAAAAACUUUAUUUCACUAUAAGAGUACUUUAUUUUAAAUGUUCUUUAGAAGAACAUUUUGCUAAAGCAUGACUAAACUGGAAAAAAAAAAGAGCUACUGUAUUUAGACUUAGGAUAAAAGGCAGAGUAACAUUACUUAAAAAAAAAAAAAAAGGAUAUGUUUACAUUUAAUUUUGGCUACCAGGAGUUUAUUUUAUUUAAUUUAAAAUUUUUUUGCCAAUGGUGCCAAGUAAUGUGAAUGCUAAUAUUGCUUAAGAAAAUUAAGUUACUUUUGCUAAACAGAUAAUCAUAAGAUGAAUCCGUAUAGAGCUUAACACCAUCCACUCACUCCAACAAAGAACACUUCGAACGAUCAAAACCUGACAAAAGAAAUAGUACGAAAGGUCGAAAAAUGUCUCACGUUUUCAUAUCUCCUGCUGGAAAUCAGAAAAUGUAACAAAAAUUGCACACACAAAAAUAACUAAAAAUUUUAAAAGAGGCAAACUGGUCUUGUAAGGUUGUCAUGGUCUAUUACUCUUUCCAUAUAAUGAGGAGCCAAAGAAAUCUGAUGCUUUUAAAAAUUAAACUACUAACGUUAAAUUGAGAGACUAAAGUUCGCAUUUGCUGAUGCCAGUUUAAAACUCCCAGGUGACGUUUGAGGUUCAGUCGGUGUAAAACUGAGAUUAAAUAGCUGUGGUGUUGUUUUCUUCUUCCUCUUGGUUCUGGCUGCCAACUGUAAGUUAAAACUCAAGGCUUGUUGUGAAGCCUAAAAAUAUUCACAAAUAAAGCUUUUAAACUGGCGUCUUUAGAAGGAAGGUAGAUACAAAAAGAUUGUGGUAAAAACUGGGGUCAGUGCUCUUGGUGCCUUUUCUAUAAUUGUACUUGUUUUUAAAUUACUUCCUUUCACUGCCAACCUCGGAUUACUGUACAGUAUAUGUCUUACCGCUUGUGAUCAGCUAGGAGAACAGUAUCAGCCCCACAACUAGUAACCCACCUGUACAUUUGUAAACUGACCUGGUUCCGUUUUGUUUCUAAACGUGUGGGUGAUGUUGCAGCUGUUGCGCACACCCCUCCCCACCCCCAGCCCCCAGCCACCUAUUAUUUUACCCGAUUUGACCUAUAGGAGGACACUGAGUAAUUUACAAACACGCAAUUGUAUUCAUAAAUGGGAACAGAAUGUGAAAGCCAGCUCUUUCAGAGUAUCCUGUAUUAGUACUGAAUUUAGAUACGUUUAUUCCAUUUCUUAGGGUACAAAUAACUGAUCUUUUGACAAGAGUAAUGACCUCAGUGGAUUUGCUUUAACCCUCACAUUUCUUUAUUCAUUUAUUUUUUUUUAAUGUCUCCCAUGCUACAUUAUUAGCUGAGUAAGUUAGAAACUUCCGGAAGAUAAGUACUUAGUAGAAUUAGGAGGGUUCUUACCGAGGGGAUAGGAAGUAGGUUCAGAACCUACCAGUGUAGCCCCACCAGUACAACUGUGAAUCCCGGGUGAGGUACAAAUGCACUUCCACUGAAACGAAGCAUUUCUGACUGCUUUUUCUUGGUUGUGAAUCUUAAUUUUGAAUAUAAGACGAUAGGUAAGCGCAGCUUUCUUGGAUAAUCUGAAUUCCCAAGUGCCAGGAGUAGGAUUUCAUUAUAAAAUUAAUAGCUAAUCUUAUUCUGUCUCCUGAAGAUUUAAUUGCUAUUCUUGUUACCCAUUUGAAAUCAGCUGUACUGUGUGAACGAAACAAAGACAAUAACUCGAACCCCUCUCUGGCUGCACGGUCGCUUACGGCAGUUCCACACAGUAGUUGGCGCCCAAUGGGGGGUCCCUGAGACUUGCAUGUAAAACUAGUCUAGAUGUCUUCUUUUUUGUAAGUUUUAUUUUUGUAAUUGUGCAUGUAAAGCAUCAUUGAAUCAAUGGAUCUGUUGAAGAACUCAGCUGCUGGAAACCAUGCAAAAUGUUUUGAAUUGCCCUUAAAAUAUGGAAAAUGUUUUCUGAAUGCUUUAUAUUCUUUCUGCUGUAAAUUAAAAACGAAGAAAAUUUCCCCAUA